AUGGCCUACGCAGACAGGGCCACUACUCAUGUGAGGGGGCUGACAACAACGGAAACGUCUGGUGGAGACCAGGAGGUUCCAGUGGCAGGAACUGAACUGAAGCUCGUGUUAACUGAAACAGAAACACGGGGUCCGGGUGUAGUAGAAACAUUUCUGCUUGUCUAUCUUAAAAAUAACGCUAACCUCUUUCAAGUGAAUGAGGAUUCUAUAAAAUAUUUUUUAAAUAUGAAUAACUUAAGUGCACUGAUAUCUGUUUUGUUAGUAUUAUUUACUUUCACUUUAAGAUCGACGCUUGCCUUGUAUUUUCACAUAGGUGAGACUGAAAGGAAAUGUUUCAUUGAAGAAAUUCCGGAUGAAACAACUGUUCUGGUUAACUACAAAGUUGAGCUGUAUGAUCCUCGUAGUGGAGGGUUCAUGCCUUCAAGCCCCGGGAUCGGAAUGCAUGUUGAAGUAAAAGAUCCUGAUGCAAAAGUCAUACUGUCUAGGGUCUACAGUUAUGAGGGGAGAAUUUCCUUCACUUCACAUACUCCUGGUGAACACGGCUUAUGUUUGUACUCAAACAGCACCAAGUGGAUCGGAGGCACACAAUUGAGAGUACACUUAGACAUCCAGGUUGGUGAACAUGCCAUUGACUAUGCAACUGUAGCUCAGAAGGACAAGCUUACUGAACUGCAACUCAGGGUGAGGCAGUUGCUGGAUCAGGUCGAUCAAAUUACCAAAGAGCAGAGCUAUCAGAGGUAUCGAGAGGAAAGAUUCCGAUUGACAAGCGAGAGCACAAACCAAAGAGUGUUUUGGUGGUCGCUGUCGCAGCUUUGUAUCCUGCUCGUAAUGGGUGUCUGGCAAAUGAGGCAUCUCAAGAGUUUCUUUGAGGCCAAGAAACUUGUUUAACUUGUUGACAAGUUGUCUGCAGGUUGGAAUCGGUGUAAUUGUGUUCUGAAUAAGUUUUUUAUUUUAAUUUAUACAAGUUCAUGCAGGUAUUGUACUUUAAGUUUCACCCCUUUAUGUAAAUUUUGGAUGUAAAUAAAAAACAAAGUUAUGUGUGUAUGUCAAAUUAUCAAAAAUAUAUGCGUGGUUUUUUGAAA